GUGUUGUUCAUCCUCAGACUUCAAUCGCGUCCAAAUACAAUUCGCCAAUUCACCCAACUUGCUUGCUAGCCGUGGCUUACGUUGUCACUAUUAUACGCCUCACGUUUUUAUCCUGUGCACCCCCCCCCCCCCCCCCCCCCCUUCUCUUCUUUCCUUCCCUGUCCUUGUCUUCCCUGUUUUCUUGCUGAACCAAAAAAAUAAACUCCUUUUUUUAAUUUUUCCUUUUUAAAAAAAUUAAAAUUAAAAUUUUCCUUAAAUUUGAAGCAUCUUUUCAAAUUGCAGCUACUUCCACACUGGUUAUUAUUCUGCUCCCCUUUUUCUUCCUCUUCUUUUAUUUAUUAUUACUACUCCCAUCACUCUAAAAUAAAAAUUUAACUAAAUUUCUGGGUUUGUCUUAGCUGGUUCUUUAAUUUUACUGUCCUUUUUCACGCGUUCUGGGUUGGAUAUAUAUUGUAUUUCUGAUGUAUUGUGAGUUGGGUUUUUGGAGAAUUUAUCUGGGUUUUUGAGCUCUUUUCGAGAUUCUCUCUCUAUGGCUGGAAAUAACGAAGUUAAUGUUAACGAGUCUAAGAGGGUUGUACCUCUGAAUACAUGGAUCCUGAUAUCGAAUUUCAAGUUGCAUUACAAUAUGCUUCGGCGUCCUGAUGGUACUUUUAACCGUCACCUGGCUGAAUAUCUUGAUCGUAAAGUUCCUGCUAAUCCGAAGCCAGUUGAUGGUGUUAUUUCGUUUGAUGUUGUGGUUGAUCGCCGUAAUAGUCUCCUUUGUAGGAUAUAUCGUCCAGCCAUAGCUGAAGUGGUAGAGGAAGAGCAACACGAAGAAGAAGAAGAGGAACCCGGUCAAGUGUGGAGCUUUAUUGACUUUGAGAAACCUGUUGAGUCUGAUGUUGUUGUUCCUGUGAUAAUCUUUUUUCAUGGGGGUAGCUUUGCUCAUUCAUCUUCCAACAGUGCUAUCUAUGACAUACUUUGUCGUCGGUUAGUUGGGGUUUGUAAAGGUGUUGUGGUUUCUGUGAACUACCGGCGUGCUCCUGAAAACAGAUACCCUUGUGCCUAUGAUGAUGGAUGGACUGUUCUCAAGUGGGUGAAUUCAAUGAAGUGGCUUCAAAGUAAGGACUCAAAAGUACAUAUAUACUUGGCCGGAGAUAGUUCCGGUGGUAAUAUAGCUCAUCAUGUUGCUGUACGAGCAGUUGAUUCUGAAAUCGAAGUUCUGGGAAAUAUUCUUCUCAAUCCUAUGUUUGGUGGGCAAGAGAGAACUAAAUCAGAAGAUCGUUUAGAUGGGAAAUAUUUUGUGACAUUGCAGGAUCGUGAUUGGUAUUGGAGAGCAUUUCUUCCUGAAGGGGAAAAUCGGGACCAUCCAGCAUGUAAUAUAUUUGGUCCACAUGGUCAAAGCCUCAAAGGAUUGAAGUUUCCUAAAAGUCUCGUAGUGGUAGCGGGGUUGGAUCUUAUUCAAGAUUGGCAAUUGGCAUAUGUAGAUGGGUUGAAAAAAGCUGGACAUAAUGUGAAGCUACUAUAUUUGGAGGAAGCAACAAUUGGGUUCUACUUGUUGCCAAAUAACUGUCACUUCUACACGGUAAUGGAUGAAAUUCGCAACUUUAUGGGUCUUACUGUUAGCUAGUUCGAUGAAACUAAAGAGUAAGGUUAAUACAAGCACUAUGGGGGCACCUCGCUCCAUUCUUGUGUUCAACCUACCAUGUGAGUAGUGCUAAUUACUCUGUUUGAUAUCUGUUUAAUAUGUAUGGGUAGAUUAACUAGUUGCUGCCUUCAGUGGUCAAAGUGAUGAUGAUUGUAGGUUUUCUUGCGGGUGCAGAACGGCUUAAACUGAAUUAAUUAGUGUUGUUUGAUAGAUUGUCCGAAUUACCUGAACUGGGGUAGUUUGCACUUUCCAGAAUUGUAUGAAGUUGGUAGUCUUAGUAGGUGUUUACAGAGUUGUGGGCAAUUCGGGGCGAUUGCUGGUUGUUUGGUUUUGCUUCUGGCUGAGAAAAGGUGGAGAAGUAGAUUAUUAGUCAGGCUUCAAUGCUCUACUGAAUGGAGCUUGUGACUAUGCUAAUAGUAGUAUAGUGCUAAUUAGAGGACAUGGACAACAUGUUUCUCCAUAGAUACUGUAAAACCUUUAUAUGUGUAUACAUAUAUAUAUCUUCAAUAUAUUAAGUGUAGAAGUGUGCUAAUUCUAUUAUCUA